CGAAAUGAAACUUUUCCAAUUUAAGAUUUCCAAGACGUGAAAAUGAGUGUAGCUGACGGUUUUCCCAGAGGGAGAAACCCGCUCAGCUGUAGCCUGGCUGAGAGAAGUUAUCGACGAACUCCGUUUGAAGUUUUGUCCCAAUUAAGAGUUUUAUCCCGACGAGUUAUCCGCCUACAGUUAGCUGGUUAGCAUUAAGAUUCUGUCACAGUAGAGUUGAAGGGUGUGUCAUGUAAAACCAGUCAGGAUAUAACAUUUUGUGCGGUAUGAAGUAGGCCUAAGUUUGGUUGUUGUAACGAGCUGUUUAGCCGCACACCUGCCAGCUUAAUUGUGGCCUGAAAGUCGGUCAACAUGGCGGCUGUGGUGACGCUUAUGAGGCGGAUUGUGAUUCUUCAUGUUGACGAUGAGGAGCUGCCGUCUGCUGUCCUGAUCGUGUCUGAGGCCUCAUCGUGUCUGCACACCUGGAUGUUGGACUGCUCCAAGGAAGAAGGGUGGAAACGUCCCUGAAGAUGGACUGCAGGUGUGAAUAACGAUGACUCCCAUCCUCGCUGUUUGAACAUGCUGCUCGGGUAGCGAAGCCGGCUGAGAGGAGCGACUACCCUCUUACACUCAUCCCCCUGUGGACACACACACGCACACACACACACACACACAGUCGGCCCAGUUCGAGCACAACCAUGCUGAUCAAGGAGUAUCGCAUCCCCAUGCCGAUGAGCGUGGAGGAGUACCGCAUCGCUCAGCUCUACAUGAUCCAGAAAAAGAGCAGAGAGGAGAGCUGUGGCGAGGGCAGCGGCGUGGAGAUCCUGGAGAACAAGCCUUACGAGGACGGACCGGGAGGCUCGGGUCAGUACACCCACAAGGUCUACCACAUCGGCAAACACAUCCCAUCCUGGUUCUGUGCCAUCCUGCCUCAAGCUGCCCUUCGAGUGGAGGAGGAGUCCUGGAACGCCUACCCGUACACCCGGACCCGGUAUACCUGUCCCUUUGUAGAGAAAUUCUCUAUAGACAUUGAGACGUAUUAUAAACCAGACACUGGAAAUCAAGUGGAUGUCUUCAACAUGUCCUCUGCUGAGAAGAGACAGAGGACUGUGGACCCCAUAGACAUCGUAAAGGACUACAUCCCUCCUCACGAGUACCUGGCAGAAGAAGACCCCAAACUGUAUCAGUCAGUCAAGACCAAACGGGGUCCGCUGUCAGACGACUGGAUCGAGGAGAUCAACCAGAAUCCUGGACAAAGUCCUGUCAUGUGUGCCUACAAGCUCUGCAAAGUGGAGUUCAGAUACUGGGGCAUGCAGUCCAAGAUCGAACGCUUCAUCCACGACGUGGGCCUUCGUAAAGUGAUGGUUCGAGCCCACCGGCAGGCGUGGUGCUGGCAGGACGAGUGGUACGGCCUGACCAUCGAGGACAUCCGGCAGCUGGAGCUGGAGACCCAGCUGGCUUUAGCUAAGAAGAUGGCCCAGUACAGCCUCAGCGAAGAGGGCGGGACGGAGACCAAUGGCUCCUCGGUUAGCCAGGACCAGGAACAGGGAGCUGAGACCUCGGGAUCGGCCGCAGAGGCAGAAGGAGCGGGAGGAAAGAUGGGCGAUUCACUGGAGACACGAGGGGAGCUCACCAAGCAGUGGUCAACAUCCUCUCGAUCCUCCAACAGGUCGUCUAAGAGAGGCGGGAGUCCGUCUCACCAGAGCAUCUCGGAGUGGAGGAUGCAGAGCAUCGCACGAGACUCAGAGGACAGUACGGACGACGAGUUCUUCGAUGCUCACGAGGACUUUUCUGACAACGAGGAGAUGUUUGCCAAGGACAUCACAAAGUGGAGCUCCAACGAUCUGAUGGACAAGAUAGAAACAACAGAGGUGGAUGAAGCACAAGAAACGUUGUACCAGGAGUCGGGCAGGGAGUAUGCUGUCAUGAGUAAUGAGAGGCAGAUGGAGGACUGUUCGUCUCAGCAGUGUCUCCAGCCGUCCAAAAUUCACGUCCUCAUUCUGGUCCUGCAUGGAGGCAACAUUCUGGACACCGGCUCUGGUGAGCAGAACAGCAAGCAGGGAGACGUGAACACUCUGAGUGGGGCCUUUGAGACCGUGAUGAGGGUCCACUACCCCGCAGCGCUGGGCCGCAUCGCCAUCCGGAUGGUCCCCUGUCCCGCCGUGUGUGUCGACGCAUUCUCGCUAGUCUCCAACCUGAGCCCGUACAGCUACGACGAGGGCUGCCUCUCCAGCAGUCAGGACCACAUCCCUCUGGCUGCUCUGCCCCUCUUGGCUACAUCUGCGCCGCAGUACCAAGACGCCGUGGCAACCGUCAUCUUACGAGCCAAUCAGGUGUACAGUGACUUCAUCAAGUCUUUAGAGGGAGAGUCCUUCAAUGGACAGGUGUGUGUUAUUGGCGACUGUGUCGGGGGAAUCCUGGGGUUUGAUGCUCUGUGCAGCAGCUCUGUGACCGUGUCGGAAAGCCAGAACAGCAGCCGACGGGGCAGCACCAUCAGUGUACAGGACACAGACCUCCUGUCUCCAGGUAUCGUCAUAAACAGCGUCUCUCCUUCCUCGCCGUCCCUGGAAGGAAGCCGCCAUCUCAGUCGUAGCAACAUCGACAUCCCGCGCUGCUCAGGACCCGACGACCCCAAGAAACAACUUCCACGCAAGCGCAGCGACUCCUCCACGUACGAGCUGGACACCAUCAAACAUCACCAAGCCUUCCUGUCCAGUCUUCACUCCAGCGUGCUCCACGGGGAGCCCGGCUCAAGGCGCUCCAGCAACAGCACCAUGUUGGAAGGAGGCUCCUUGGGAAAGUUUGACUUCGAGGUGACGGACUUCUUCCUGUUCGGCUCCCCUCUGGGGCUGGUGCUCGCACUGAGGAAGACUGUGGUGCCCUCGAUAGAUGUGUCCGCCCUGCGUCCCGCCUGUCAGCAGGUUUACAACCUGUUCCAUCCAGCCGAUCCCUCGGCCUCCCGCCUCGAGCCUCUGCUGGACAAACGGUUCCACCUGCUGCCUCCCUUCAGUGUCCCCCGUUACCAGCGCUUUCCUCUGGGUGACGGCCACUCGGCUCUCUUGGUUGAGACUGUGCAGAGUAACCCUCAGCUUCUGAUGGAGUCCGGUGGUGCAGCGUCGCACCGCUGCCAGGAAAACGCCAUCAACGAGACCUCGAUCCCCGUGCCCGUCCUCAACUGGCAGGCCUCGCAGCUCCACGCGGAGAGUGAUUCUCUUCACUCACAUGCCUACGUGGACGGCCAGUAUCCAUCGUCCACAUCACCAGGGGUCCCUCACCUUCGUUUCACCCGCAGAGCCAGCGAGGCCAGCCUAGCCAGCCAGGUGUCGGGCUUGGCCGACUCCUACACCGCCUCCAACAUCGCCACGACACACAAACGUGAAGUCAGCCAAACUAAAAGGUCCAGUCUGCUGUCCCAGCUGGCUCUUCCCUACAAUAGAUUUGCCUCUCGGAGUGCGUCCUUGCGGUCGCGCCUGAAAACUCGUCAGGUGUUUCCGAGACCCAACGGCGUGGAGUCUGAGUCGCUCUCGGACCGUAGCUCUGACGUGAUCUCUGACCUCACCAAUGUCACGUCUGACAUCACAGACAUCAGCUCGGCGCCCCCGUCACCCAGGGUGCUGAAGAACGUAGAGCAAGUUGCCUCUCGGUGGUGGGGCAGUAAGCGGAUGGACUACGCCCUGUACUGCCCCGACGCCCUGACUGCCUUCCCCACAGUGGCUCUGCCUCAUCUCUUCCACGCAUCCUACUGGGAGUCUACAGACGUCGUCUCGUUCUUACUCAGACAGGUGAUGAGACAUGACAACUCGAGUAUUUUGGAGCUGGAUGGUAAAGAAGUGUCUGAAUUCACUCCAUCCAAACCUCGAGAGAAGUGGCUCCGCAAACGGACUCAUGUCAAAAUCAGGAAUGUGACGGCUAAUCACCGUGUGAACGACGCUGUGUUCACGGAGGACGGAGCCCAGAUGGUGAUGGGACGUUUCAUGUACGGCCCCCUGGACAUGGUCACCCUGACUGGAGAGAAGAUUGACAUCCACAUCAUGACCCAGCCCCCCUCUGGAGAGUGGGUGUACUUUGACACCGAGCUCACCAACAGCAGUGGACGCGUCUCUUAUGUAAUCCCUGAGAACAAAAGGCUCGGGAUCGGCGUGUAUCCCGUCAAAAUGGUGGUCAGGGGGGACCACACCUUUGCAGACAGCUAUCUCACCAUCGUACCGCGAGGAACGGAGUUCGUCGUGUUCAGCAUCGACGGCUCGUUCGCUGCCAGCGUUUCCAUAAUGGGCAGCGACCCAAAGGUUCGAGCCGGAGCUGUGGAUGUGGUGAGAUACUGGCAGGAUCUGGGCUACUUGAUCGUGUAUGUGACGGGUCGGCCUGACAUGCAGAAGCAGCGAGUGGUGGCCUGGCUCUCGCAGCAUAACUUCCCUCAUGGCAUCGUUUCCUUCUGCGACGGGCUGGUCCACGACCCGCUCCGACACAAGGCCAACUUCCUCAAGUCCCUCAUCAACGAGGCCCACAUGAGGAUCUUUGCAGCCUACGGCUCCACCAAGGACAUCUCGGUGUACUCGUCCAUCGGCCUGCCUCCGUCUCACAUCUACAUAGUGGGGAGGCCCACGAAGAGGAUGCAGCACCAGUGUCAGUUCAUUCCGGACGGAUACGCUUCCCACCUGUCCCAGCUCGAGUACAACCAGAGGUCCCGUCCCGCCAAGUCCGCGAGCACCCGCAUGGUCCUCCGCAAGGGCAGCUUCGGGUUGGGCGCCGCCGGAGGAGACUUCCUUCGCAAACGCAAUCACAUCUUUCGCACCAUCUCCUCUCAGCAGCCCGGAGGGGCGGGGUCGGCCUCGCCCAACCAGCCGGGCCGGACUGAGCGCACGCUGAGCCAGUGCGACAUGGAGCGCGAGCGAGGAGUCGGGCCGGCGACCCAGAGGAGUAUGAGUAUCGCUGCAGGAUGCUGGGGCCGCAGCGGGAGCACUAAGGAGGGCAGCGGAGGGUUACUCGGCCCUAAAUAAGGUUCAGAACGGAGCUGUGGUGUUGAAGGACCCGGCCUGGGCCACAAUGAUCUCUGGACUGGACACAAGUGGGGGGGGGGGGGUUAGUGGUUUUAGAAAUGAAAGGUGAGGGAUGUAACGUGAGCAUAGAACGGGGAUUACUGUCCAGGAGGAGUGGACUAAUCAGGUCAUGUGGGAUCCAGCGAACAAAAGACAAUUCCGUAGCAUGACUCUUUUACAGUAAUACUUUUAUAGGAUACAUCACUAUUUAAAAAAAGACAAGGAGGGAUUAAAUGAAAUAUUGUAAGCCUUAAACUAAUCUCGUAUAACGGGACAAACCCCCACCUCCCCUUUCCGCACACGCACACACACACACGCACACACACACACACACACUGUCCUAGCAUCCACAGUCAUGAGCUCAGGACAAACUGCAGAUUCAAACAGUCGAGCACGGGUUUGACGCCAAGCUGAUUGGCAGCCAUGUCAGAAAUGACUUUCAGUUCUGUUUCUGUCCCACUGUCAGCUGAGCGACAUGUUUCACACACACACACACACACAC